CUCGCCUGCCCCUCCUCCCCGGCCGGCCGGGCUGUGGCAGCAGGAAGUGUCUCACGCAGGACGGGGAUUCAACAGUUAAUGAAAAAUUCAUGCAAGAGUACAGAUAAAGAAGAAAAAUCUAACCAUUAAAGAAAUGGCAGGAUUCCUAGACAAUUUCCGAUGGCCAGAGUGUGAGUGUAUUGACUGGAGUGAAAGAAGAAAUGCAGUUGCUUCAGUGGUUGCAGGUGUACUGUUUUUCACAGGCUGGUGGAUAAUGAUAGAUGCUGCAGUAGUUUAUCCUAAACCAGAACAAAUGAACCAUGCAUUCCACACCUGUGGAGUGUUUUCCACAUUAGCCUUUUUCAUGAUAAAUGCUGUAUCAAAUGCACAGGUGAGAGGAGAUAGCUACAGUGAUGGAUGUCUAGGAAGAACAGGUGCUCGCGUCUGGCUCUUUAUUGGUUUCAUGUUGAUGUUCGGUUCACUUAUUGCUUCAAUGUGGAUCCUUUUUGGAGCAUAUGUUACACAAAACACGAAUGUGUACCCAGGAUUAGCUGUGUUUUUUCAAAAUGCAUUGAUAUUUUUUAGUACUCUGAUCUACAAAUUUGGAAGAACAGAAGAGUUAUGGGGAUAAUAUAAUCAAAGUUAGCAUUAAUUCCAUACCCUUUAUAGUGUAUUCAGUAUCUAGACAUCUUUGUUUUGUUUGUUUUUACAU